UUGUAUCGCGUUUCGGUUUUGAUAUUUUUGUAUUUUAUCAGCCUACUAAAAAAAAAAAAAAUAACGACAACGUUCCAUUCGCAAUAAUAAUAUGUUCGUACAAAUCAAAUGAACGGUUUGUGCGUUAUGUUUAUCGCGAGGCUGUGUCGUGGUUUUUACUAAAUAUUUCGCAUUUAAACAUUUAAAUUACACGGAUUUUUUAAUUCGAGUUUAUAGGACAAAAAGUUUUUUUUAAUGAUUUUUAACUAAAGAAAAACUUUUUUCGCCGGCAAACUAUUCAAACCUACACCUACCGCUGGUGAACGUGUUGAUCAACAAGUCGAGCGCCAUUAUGAUUAUUUGGAACGCGAUCGGUUUAAUGUGUAUAUCGUGUUUGGUGGCGUCUUGCGAACCGGCAUUGCACAAACCCGUGGACCCGUUGACGUUGCUCAGGUACGAAAAACGGGCCGAAGAACAACAACAACAACAGCAAUCGUCGGGCGACGACAAAAAUCCGCCUGUCGAGUUCGACGAAUAUCCGGUAGUCGUCCCGAAGAGAACAGCGCUGUUGCUGGAUAGACUGAUGGUGGCAUUGCAAAAAGCGGUCGACGGGAACGCGUCUGGCAAUAUGAAAGGAUAUUACCCCGAACGAACGAUUCCGAUAAUUAGCGGCGGAGCCACUAGACCUAACCCCGGUAUGGAAUUGCAGAGACGAAAUCAACAGAAAGGACGACUAUACUGGAGGUGUUAUUUUAACGCAGUGUCCUGUUUUAAAAAGAAGAAAUAAUAAUAAACUACUCUGAACAUGAUAUUUUGUUUUUAUUAAAUCAAUUGAAAAUAUUAGAUAUUAUUACAAAAUCUAUACGUGAAAAGUUUUUUUCCACGUAUAUCGCUUAAAAAUCAUUAUAGGAAUAGACCUUAUACUAUAUACUACUGUAUAGGACUUAAACUGCUGUUCUAAAAUGGGAAAUGUAAUGGUAAAACUGUCAAAAAAAAAAAAAAAGAAAUGUAUA